AUGCAGUCCACCCAAACAGCAGUCAUCACCCUAUCCCUGGGCCACGCAGCCUUCGUCACUAACCACGGCAUCCCGAAACCACGCCACGAUGAAAUCCUCGUUCGCACUGCUGCCGUGGCCCUGAAUCCAAUUGACUGGAUGCUUCUCGGAAGCACUCCGUCGCCAAAUGCAGUCAUGGGCCAUGAUUACGCCGGCACCGUUGUCGAAGUGGGCGAAUCCGCCCAAGAGAGAUUUAAAGUCGGGGACCGCGUGUGUGGACUCGUCAAGGGAGCAGAUAGAACCCGCCCCGAAAGUGGUACCUUUGCAGAGUAUAUUGUCGCGAAAGCCGCGGUUCAGAUCCGCAUUCCCGAUGGGGUCAGUUUCGAGGACGCAGCUACCGUGGGCGUCGGAGCCAUUGCCGCUGGCCAGUGUCUCUUUGGGCCAUCAUCACUGAAUUUACCGUGGCCUGAGAACCAUUCCCCUAGCGAGGGUCGCGAUACAAUUUUGAUCUAUGGCGGAAGCACAGCUUCGGGAUGUUGGCUGAUUCAAGUUGCGAAAUUAGCCGGAUACACGGUCCUGACAACCUGCUCGCCAAAGAACUUCGACCUCGUGCGCCAAUACGGCGCUGAUGCAGUUUUCGAUUAUCGUGACCCUCGAUGUGCGCAACUGAUUCGGGAACAUACUAACAAUACUCUCAGUAUUGUAUGUGAUACUGUGUCAACGCAGGAUUCAGUUCGUAUCUGUGAGAAAGCCAUUAGCGAUGAAGGUGGUCAAUAUCAUUCCCUACUCCCGGCAGAAAUCAGCCGUCCGAACGUGAAAUCGACUUUCGUCAAUUGCUGCACGGCUCUUGGUGAGCCAUUUGAGUACGGAUCAGACUGCAUGGUUAUCCCUGUCAUGCCGGCGGAAUUUGAAUUCGCGCAAAGAUGGGCGGAUUUGGUUACUACUCUUUGGUCUCAGGGGAGGAUCAGGACAUUGGUUGUGGAGAAGCGUGAUGGCGGGCUGAGAAAGGUUCUUGAUGGCCUGGAGGAUUUGAAGAAUGGCGCUGUUAGUGGCAGGAAGCUGGUGUAUACGGUCUGA